AUGACAGUUUUCGAUGCUCUGAAUUAUAAAAACGAAGUUUUUCGAGGAUACAUAACUUGGGGUGGUUUACUGUUGAUAAAAAUGUUACUAAUGUCGUUAUAUACAGCAUUUCAGCGAAUUCAAAAGGGUGCUUAUGAAAAUUCAGAAGAUGUUGGUAGCCACGGUGAAUCGGCCAUCAAGAAAGACAAAGAUGUAGAAAGAGUAAGACGAGCUCAUCAGAAUGACUUAGAAAAUAUUCCGGCUUUUCUUAUCGCGUCGUUUAUGUUUGUCUGCGUUGAACCCGACCCAAUUGCUGCCUUUUGGAUGAUUCGAAUAGCUGUUGUUGCAAGAUUUCUUCAUACAAUUGUUUAUGCAAUUUAUCCCAUCCGACAGCCUGUAAGGACAUUAUGCUUUUCAAUAUGUCUUGCAAUAACACUUGCAAUGAUCAUUUGGUCGAUUGUUCUUUUCUGUCACUUUUAA